AUGCGCCCCAUCCCUGAGCCGGACUACCUCGGACCUCUGCCCCCUGCAGCCCCCAGCCCUGACCCCUCACCCGCUCUGACCUCUGCCCCCAGCCAUGCCCCUCUGACCUCUGCCCUCUGCCCCGCAGCCCCCAGCCCCGCAGCGGCCGCCCCCCGGCAGGGGCCCUGGUGCAGCGUGGCCUACUGGGAGCACCGCACGCGCGUCGGCCGGCUGUUCGCGGUGCGGGAGGCGGCGCUGAGCAUCUUCUACGACCUACCUCAGGGCAGCGGGCUGUGCCUGGGCCAGCUCGGACCCGGGGCCGCGGCCCGCAGCGAGGCGGUGCGCCGCACGCGCGCCAAGAUCGGGCUGGGCAUCGUGCUGAGCCGCGAGCCCGACGGCGUGUGGGCCUACAACCGCGCCGAGCACCCCAUCUUCGUGGCCUCGCCCACGCUGCGCCCCCCGGCCGUGCGCAAGGUGCCCCCCGGGUACUCGCUCAAGGUCUUCGACUUCCAGCGCGCCCCGCCGCCCCCCCGCGCCCACGACGGGCCCUCGGACCCGCGCAGCGUCCGCAUCAGCUUCGCCAAGGGCUGGGGGCCCAGCUACUCCCGCCAGGUCAUCACCGCCUGCCCCUGCUGGCUCGAGGUGCUGCUGCACGGGCACAGGUAGCGGGGAGCUCGGGGGACAUGGGCACAGCCCCCUGGGGCCCCCAGAGCGCAGGGCCCGGCGACACCCUCUGCACCCGGUGCGCCCCCAUGCGCAGGGCCGGGGACACCCUCUGCACCUGGUGCGCCCCCAUGCGCAGGGCCGGCGACACCCUCUCCAUCCGGUGCGCCCCCAUGCGCAGGGCCGGCGACACCCUCUCCAUCCGGUGCGCCCCAGAGCGCAGGGCCGGGGACACCCUCUCCAUCCGGUGCGCCCCCAUGCGCAGGGCCGGGGACACCCUCUCCAUCUGGUGCGCCCCCAUGCGCAGGGCCGGGGACACCCUCUCCAUCCGGUGCGCCCCCAUGCGCAGGGCCGGGGACACCCUCUCCAUCCGGUGCGCCCCCAUGCGCAGGGCCGGCGACACCCUCUGCACCCGGUGCGCCCCAGAGCGCAGGGCCGGGGACACCCUCUCCAUCCGGUGCGCCCCCAUGCGCAGGGCCGGCGACACCCUCUGCACCCGGUGCGCCCCAGAGCGCAGGAGCAGGUGCGCCCCAAAGCGCAGGGACGGGAAGUCAGUCUCCUCUCCGUCCGGCGCACCCCGAUGCAGCAGGGACCAGGAGUCCCCUCUCCACCCUCCGAUGCGCAGGAACCGGCUGCACCUUCUCCAUCUGGCGGCGCGCCCCAGUGCACGGGACUGGCGAAACCCCUCUCCAUCAGGCGUGCCCCAGAGCGCAGGAGCAAUUGUGCCCUAGUGCGCCGGGAACGGGGGUUCCUCUCUCCACCUGGUGCUCCCCAAUGCACCGAGGGGCAGGUGCACAAGCCCGAGAAGGUGGAUCCUCCUCCCCAUCCAAUCGCGCCCCACAAUGCGCAGGAACUGGCGACCCCCCUCUGUUAGGUGCAACCUCCGGGGGCCAGGGACCUCCGGCAGCCCCGCCCAUCACUGCCCCCCCAUAAACCAGCGCCCUGCCCCCCACCACGGACAAACCCCCUCCCGAUAUCAUCUACCUAGAUUUAAUAUAAAGUUUUAUAUAUUAUAUGGAAUUAUAUAUUAUACUUGUAAUUAUGGAGUCCUUUUUACAAUGUCCUUAUUUAUGUAUAGGCGAGCCCGGGACGGACGCACCGGCUUCUGAUUCUUUCAAUACAGAUAUAUUUUCUUUCUCGC